UUAAAAGAGGAAGGGUUACCAGUACUGAUAUACUGAGUCAGUGCAUACAUCUUAAUAAAUUAAACAGCAACAACAAAUAGAGCCUGACUCUUUCCUCUUGCUUAUAUUUAAUCUGCAGAGUCUGAGUGAAGGCGAGGUUCCCUUUUAUAUUUAAAUGCUUACACUUCCCUAUUUUCAAGAGCUACUUCCUUAUGUUUAACAUUUUCCAACACACUGUGUUGUUACAUGAGUAAAGCAUACUUUCCAUUGCUGCUCUCGGAGAAGCAGACUUUUCAUUCACUCACUGUGGUUGGUAAGACUUCAUCUGGAAGCUUGUUGCAGGAGGAGACUGAAAAACAACUGUCAUCAAAUGACAAGAAGUCCUGGAUUCAGUGACGGAUUAGUUCAUAAGGGAUCCAUGAGCUGGUGAGAUGGAGGAAGCUUACAGUGAACUGUACCAGCAGUUUCUCCACCUGAGGUCGCUUUGCCUGAGACAGGCAGCUCUGCUACAUCAACUCACAACAGCAUUGCAGAAACAGCAAGGUACCGCUGUUCCUAAUGGAGAGUUGAGUGAUUUGAUGUCCAUCCCUGUCCAGUGUACCCAAGAAAUACCUGUAUAUUUCCACGAAAAGUGUCAAACUUCCAAAUCAUGCAACCCUGCAGCACAUUGUGGCGUUGUUGGCCUCUCUAAAAACGUGGGGACCUUUUACGAUGUCCUAGCUGAAGAUAUAUCUAAGCGCAAUGUGGAUGUGCCUCAUCAGACGGGAAAGGCAGGUGGGAAGUCUGAGCAAAUGGUUGCACCCCUGUCAAACUUUGACAUCCCGAGAUUGCAAGGAGCCUGUCCUCAUGUCUCAAAGGAUGCGGGGCACACAGAUAAUCGUAUUGGAGACAGGACAAUGCACACAGUGGGGGUAGGUCUCUUCAGUGGACAACAAUCCCACCUGUAUUGGCCCAGGGUCCUCAAACCUGGCAUUGGAUUUUUAGCAUGUUCUUCCUCAAAAAUGUCCAUGUCGUGUCCUCUGUGUUUGUGUCAGAUGCCCGCGACAGGAGGCCCCUCCUUGUUUGGAGACAUGCUGAUGUCAGACGUGGUGCUGCAGUCUCAUGUUUGUGAGUUCUGCCAGGCGGUUUUCCCCGGGGACACAGCCACCAGAGGAGAGUUCCUACGCCAUCUGUACACCCACGUCACCUAGACUCAACUGAUCUGUCUUCUCUUCCUGACAUGAGUGUGUCUUUAUCAUUCAGCAACAAGAGUGACGCCAGUGCCAACAUGCCUGCUUUCUUUCAAAUAGCCAACAAAAGUCUCCAGUGGUUCCAAAAGAAAAUGAGACUACUUCUACUUUGAUUUCCAAGAUUCAUGUUUUCCUGAUGAGUGUAUGUUUCAAGUCUUCUUCAAUAUGUUGAUUUUGUAAAUUGUGGGCCCAUAUAGUAAAACAGAUGAUAAGAAAGGUAUGCUUUAGGAGGUGGCUACCAACAGGUUGCUUGACCGUUGCUACUUCUCUUAGAACUUUAUAUCUUUCACAUUUUGGUUUCAGUUUAUGAAAGUUAAUUGUAACAUUUUGGUCGACUAAACAUGUCUUGGUUGGUAUUUAGCUCAAUACUCUCUUGUCACUUCUUGUUUGAAAA